AUGUCUUUGGAAGAAGCAAACUCAGACCCCAAAGAGGAAAGGAAGCUGGACGUGUCGCUGCCGUUAAGUUCGAGCAGAACUUCGUUGAAAAGAGACGAUGAGGUUCCGAACACGAAUCCGGUGUUGUCAAAGCCUCCAAUACAGGUAUCGUUGACGGGCUUACCGUUGCUGACGUUGGUACCGAUAUACUCGAGGUCGGUGAACGAGUACAGAGUUGGGUCCCAGGAACCCAUCUCGAAAGGAUUGAUCUCGAAAACAGUGGAGUUCUCGGAGAUGAUUUCCGUGCCCGGAGUUCUUCCGUCGAUUAGGGAAAAACUGGUGAGACAGAGCUCUUCCCCACGGAUCCGUAAGAGUGAUGUCAUAACCGGCAUCUUUCUUGGCUUCAAUGUCGUCACUGAUGGAACUCCAGUACCCAAGGGUGUGGAACAGUCCGCCGCUGGAGAGAAUGGAAUCCUCAAGGUCCCAAAUCGCAUUGUCCUGGCCGUUCUGGUCCAGAAUGUCCUGGACCGAGGUCCAGUUGUUGAAAGCCAACGAGGAAAGGAACCAAGAACCACCAGACAGACCGGCGAUGUACGAAACAGAAGAGAGAAUAGGCACACCAUGGUCGUAGCAGCCGUCGCCUAUACGUGGGGUGCUGAGAAUAGAGGAGUUUGUUUUACUCUCCUCACUCAAAGUGUCGAGGAAGUCGUCAGUAUCAAAGUCUGUGAGGUUGGCGAGCUUCAAGAACCACCGAAGGUUGGUGUUUGUGAUGUUGUCACGUUCCUCGAUCCAAUCUGCUUCGUCGUCGCUCAAACUGGUAGCAGCACGAAUAAGACCGUGUCUGGUGUCUGUGUUGUAAUCAGAUUCAUUCAAGUACGAAGGGCACUUGACCUCUCCCGGGGCAUACGAGUCUGUUGGAGACCAGGCGUUGGCCACGGCCAACAAGAAGAACAGAGUGAAACGCAUAAACAAAAAUUUAUUGCUUUGAUUUACAAAUUUCGGAUCCCAAGCCACCAACCGAAGGCAGACCGAAAUUAG